AUGAAUAUAAGCAAGAGCGAGAUGGUGAAAGAAACUUCAUUGAAACCAUCUAGGAGAUCCCUGCCUUGUCUCGCCCAAAGCUGUACAUACUCACAGAAUUUGAGCCAAUCUACCUCACUCUUCCAGUCAAAUGAGAGUGAAUCGCAGGCUCCCACUUCAGUCACCUCAAUCUCUGUUGAAAAAGCAGCACAAGUUAACUAUGAGGAAAAUAAAAAUGACUCUGUGCUCAACUGUUCUUUCACGGACCUCAGUGAUUUUUGCUUGGGCCUAGGAAAAGAUCAAGAUUACAUGGAUGAUUCAGAGCCUGCUCAUUAUGACCGGUCUCGGCUCAUUAGAGACUCUGUUCUCAAAGAUAAGUCUGCACUCAAACCAAAGUCAUUGUCUAAGAAUGACAUGAAUUACAUAGCAUCCAGUGGUCUUCUUUUUAAAGAUGGGAAAAAGCGGAUUGAUUACAUCCUGGUGUAUAGAAAAUCAAAUAUACAAUAUAAUAGAAGAAAUGCCUUUGAAAAGAACCUCCGAGCAGAAGGUUUGAUGUUGGAAAAGGAGCCAGCUGUGGCAAAUAAUGAUAUCAUGUUUAUUAAAAUUCACAUUCCAUGGGACACACUGUGCAAAUAUGCUGAGAAGCUGAAUAUAAGGAUGCCCUUCAGGAAAAAAUUCUAUUACACUGAGAAGAGGAGCGAGUCCAUGGGCAGGAUAAAAAAGACUCUGGAAAAAAUCAUAAGCUUUAUGCCCAAAAACCCCAUGGUUCUUGACAAGUCCGUUUUUCCAGACUUAGAAGAAUCAAAAUGUUAUACUGGUCCUUUCAGCCGGGCACGGAUUCACCACUUUAUUAUAAACAAUAAGGAAACCUUCUUCAGUAAUGCUGCCCGAAGCAGAAUAGUCUAUCACGUGCUGCAGCACACCAAAUAUGAAAAUGGAGUAUCUAAAGUGGGUAUCUAUAAACUUAUAAACAAUGGUGCAUAUGAAGCAGCAUUUCCCCCACAUGAGGGAGCUUACAAGAGCAGACUGCCCAUCAAAAGCCACGGGCCUCAGAAUAGCCGACAUCUGCUCUAUGAGCUCUGGGCACGCUGGGGAAUGUGGUAUAAGUAUCAGCCCCUGGAUUUAAUCAGGCGAUACUUUGGAGAGAAAAUUGGGCUCUACUUUGCUUGGCUGGGAUGGUACACUGGAAUGUUGAUUCCUGCUGCAGUUGUUGGCCUGUGUGUUUUCUUCUAUGGAUUAGUCACAAUGAACAAAAGUCAAGUAAGUCAAGAAAUCUGUGCGGCCAGUGAAGUCCUCAUGUGUCCCCUCUGUGACAAGAACUGCUCCCUGCAGAGACUCAAUGAGAGUUGUGUCUAUGCCAAGGUGACCUAUUUGUUUGAUAAUGGAGGAACAGUCUUCUUUGCUAUUUUUAUGGCAAUCUGGGCCACAGUGUUCCUAGAAUUUUGGAAAAGGAGAAGAAGUAUGCUAACCUAUGCUUGGGACCUUACUGAAUGGGAAGAGGAGGAGGAAACCGUCCGCCCCCAGUUUGAAGCCAAGUAUUACACCGUGGAGAGAGUGAAUCCCAUCACUGGGAAACCUGAGCUGUAUCAGCCCUUCUCUGACAAAAUCACCCGUCUCCUGGUUUCUGUCUCAGGAAUUUUCUUCAUGAUUUCCUUGGUGAUCACCGCGGUGUUUGCCGUCGUGGUGUACCGUCUGGUUGUCAUGGAGCAGUUUGCAUCAUUUAAGUGGAGUUUCGUCAAACAGCACUGGCAAUUCGCGACCUCCGGAGCUGGCGUCUGUAUUAAUUUUGUAAUCAUCAUGAUGUUGAAUGUUGCUUAUGAAAAAAUUGCUUAUCUUCUCACUAAUUUAGAAUAUCCUCGAACAGAAUCCGAAUGGGAAAAUAGCUUUGCCCUGAAAAUGUUCCUCUUCCAGUUUGUCAAUUUAAACAGUUCCAUCUUCUACAUUGCUUUCUUUUUGGGGAGAUUUGUAGGCCACCCUGGAAAUUACAAUAAAAUUUUUAACCGGUGGAGACUGGAGGAAUGUCAUCCCAGUGGCUGUUUGAUAGACCUCUGCCUCCAGAUGGGUGUCAUCAUGUUCUUGAAACAGAUAUGGAAUAACUUCAUGGAACUGGGAUACCCGCUGAUCCAGAACUGGUGGUCCAGACAUAAAAUCAAGCGAGGAAAGCAAGAUGCUUCCAUACCUCAGUGGGAAAACGACUGGAAUCUGCAGCCUAUGAACAUCCAUGGACUGAUGGAUGAGUACUUAGAAAUGGUUUUGCAGUUUGGUUUUACCACCAUCUUUGUGGCUGCUUUCCCGCUGGCCCCUCUGCUGGCUUUGUUAAACAACGUCAUCGAAAUCCGGCUGGACGCCUACAAAUUUGUCACCCAGUGGCGGAGGCCUCUGCCAGCCCGAGCAACUGAUAUUGGCAUCUGGUACGGGAUUCUUGAAGGACUCGGCCUACUGGCCGUGAUCACCAAUGCAUUUGUAAUCGCCAUCACAUCUGACUAUAUACCGCGCUUAGUCUACGAGUACAAAUAUGGCCCAUGUGCAGAUAGACUAAUGAGCAGUCACAAUUGCUUAAUGGGGUAUGUCAACAAUAGCCUGUCCUUCUUUGAUCUGAGUGAACUUGGCCUUGGAAAAUCUGGUUACUGCAGGUAUCGAGACUACAGAGGACCCCCUUGGGGUUCCAAACCCUAUGAGUUCACCUUACAAUACUGGCAUAUUCUUGCUGCCCGACUGGCCUUCAUCAUCGUGUUUGAGCACCUUGUUUUCGGCAUCAAGUCUUUUAUCGCCUUCCUGAUUCCAGAUGUACCACAGGAACUGCAUGAACGAAUAAGACGAGAGAAGUACUUAGUCCAAGAAAUGAUGUAUGAGGCGGAACUGGAACAUUUGCAACAACAACGGAAAAAAAGUGGUCAGCCUGUGCACCAUGAAUGGCCUUAGUUGAAGCCUGUUACCCAGUAGAGGCAGGACCAUGAGUGGGAAGGCUUGAUGUCAACUUCAAAUUCUAUGUGUGAUCUAGGAGAAAGGCAAGCCAGUCAUGCAAACUCUAUGUAUAAUAUAUUCUACUUGAACAUGCAUUAUACCCUUCUCUGAGAAGUAAAAGAUGGAUAUCAAUGUUUUAAAAAGGGUUAAAUGAUACUGCAAGAAAUCAAGAUAUAAUUCUAGAACCAACCCCGAAGAGAUUUGUGUUCGCAGACCUCCUCCUUUGGUCUGCUGCAGUGUAACCGGAAGGGUGGUGAUGAGGUCUCAAGACACACCUGAGCAUGCGUAUUUUCCAGUCAGGCAUAACUUAAAACCGGAUGUGGCUUUCACUCAAAAAUGAAUCUAACUUCCAAACUUUGAUGCAGUUGAGAUACUUAAAAGAAGUGUCUUAAAUCAAAUAUUGCCUUUGCUGUAAGAACUCCAUGUCCCGUCCGCUCCAGGCUUGUAGGCACUGCCCUUGCCUCUUACUGAGAAUAUGAAUUUGUACCACAAGAGAACUUAAUGCUGCUUUACAUCAACUAUGCAGUUGAAGAGUUGUACAUCCCCUUUAGUGCUCAGACCAAAAACCCAAGGUUCCAAAAACAGUACCAUACAUGCCAGUGAUAUUUGACUGCAUUGGCUCCAUCCACAUGUCUCCCUUAUAAGCCAGUUAGACUGCAUGUAUUGUUGGUUUGGUGUUGUUGUUUUUAAUCAAAUACUAAUAUAACCACAUAAUUAUAAAAUACAAGUUGUCAUUCUUGUAUCAUUUAGGUCACAACUAAUCCAUACUUCACUGUGGCAUGCUGUGUUAUAUUGUGUUUCAUUUUUCCCUCUUUGACUAAUUACAACAGUUUUCACAAUGUUGACUUUCAUUGCUGUAGAUAUAUUUGUUUUCCUUAUAUGUAAUGCUCUAGUACUGCUAGUGCAGCUUUGAGACCAGGCACAAGGCAUGCCAUUGUGACUUCCAAAGCCAGAUGCUUUGCAACACCUCUGCUUUGCCAACGGUGUGCAUUCUUGCUCAUGCGCUAAUGAAGAUAAUGCAUGAAUAUGGACCUAUCUUACUUAUAGAAAGGCUUUUAUUUUUUUUCCUUUUAUAUAACUUAAAGGAGAUGUCUGAUAUUAUUUGGUACAUUGGUUUUGUUCAUGGAUUUGAUACAUAGCAUUUUUUCCCCUAGAAACAAAGUUAAAUGAAUUGUUUAUGAUGUCAUUGUUUAUUUUUGUGGAUGCAUAAGGUUAGCAGAAAUGACCCAGACUGGCAUUGCUAUAUUAGCAUUCACUCUGUCUGUACCUGUCUGCACCUGUUCACAGGGAAUGGCAGGGUUUAACUCAAGCAAGUGCUGUUGAAACACACAUUGUGGAGGUAUAUGGCAGGAAAGAGAAGAGUUGAAGUUGGGGAAUGUAUAAUAGAAAUCAAAACACAUUUACUUGCAAAAAAAAGUCAAGGUAACUAUCAAUGGAGAUGAGGGAUACAAGAGAGUUGGUCAAAAAAUAUUGCUACUAUGAUUCCAGUUCAUCUAUGCAUGGUCUUAUUCCAAACAAAAUCUAUUUAUACAUGUCUUUGUAUUCAGUAGAUGAUGGCUUCAGACACGUUCUUCAGUAACACACUUGUUUAGUCUCGUUAGGGUGCCUUCAAGAAAAAUAUCCAAUGAAAAUAUUGGUUUCCAAAGAGAUCUUCUGGAUCAGCAGAACAGUCAGCUGCGAAAAUUUUGGUGAUUGUCUUUUAGAAUUCCAAAGGGAUCAUUUAGACAGGUUUUCUUAAAGAUUCAGGACAAUCACAGGGGCUUAUUAGAAAUUUUUUUUUAAUAUCAAAUUGCAUCAUUGAGAAAAAGGCCAGGAAAAUUAUAAUUGGAUCUUUUCUCCCAUCACAACAAUGCCCCUGAGAAACCGUACUCCAAUCCACCCUACAUCCUUGAUUCUUCCCCUGCAGAUUUCUUUUGCUCCCAGAUGCAAAGAUAAUUGAAAACUAGCAUGAUUUGAAGCCCUCAAGAAUGCCCAACCUAUCAUUGCAACAUGGUGGAAAUCCAAGAAUGCAGACUUCCACAGGGAAGGGUUAGCUCGAUGGAUGCACCACCUUCAGAAGUGUGUCCACCUAGGGGGAGUUUACAUUGAUGUUUGUGUUGAAAAGGGCUGUGUAUGACGCUAUAGAAAUUGUGUUUGACUCCCCUCAUGUACACACAGACAUACAUAUGCACGAGAGGGCUUCACAGCAUUCAUAGAAAAUGGAAUUAAAAGAUAACGGCAUUUUCCUAUGUCAUUUUAAAGACAGUUUUAUUGACAUAUAUUUCACAUACAAUCCAAAAGUUCAAUCAUUGUAAACAGAGUUGUGCCUUCAAUUCCAUGAACUUUUGGAAGCCCUCUUGCGUGGGAAACUGAUGACCUUUGCCCAAUUAUUCAAAGCAUUUUUCAAAAUAAAUAAGACCAUGUAAAACUCAGUGGAAAUAAAGAAACUUUGAAUAUUCCCCAAUCUUUAUAUUA